UUUGUCUUGAUGGAUCUUCGCCGGGCGGCUGUUUUACUAUGUCUCUUUGUCAUAUUUGUUGGAGGACAAUCAAGAAUCCAUAACAUUCGAAAGCGUGAUACUGAGGACGAUGGAGCAUCCACAGACAGUAACACAGACGAUGGCGUAUCAAAUACAGACGCACGAAUUGAAACUGACAACGUAGGACCCAUCCUUGCAGAUCCUAUAGUAGACGCUGAUUUGACAGAAAAUUCAUUACCUCGUGAUCCAAUAAUGAAUACCGAAUCAGAUAAUAGCGAUUCAAGUGCUCCAGGUCUCAUUCCCGAGCCAGGACUCAUUCCCGAGCCAUCCAAUUAUGCUGCUGACCUCAAUGAACCUUCAGAAAUGAUUAGGAAUACUCAACUGGACAUCCCUGAGGGUAUGAGACUUCAGCCAAUGGAGGUUGCAGAAGAAUCUAAAGAUGACAGCAAAGAGAGUUCAGACAAAACACUGCUUAUGGGAAAUGCUGGUGAUGGUCUUGGAGCAGCUAUAGGAGCUGGAGAUGAUGAUUCAAAAGAAGGUAUAGAUGGCGGUAAAACUGAUGACAAUGACAACGUGGGAGGAUUCGGAGGUGAUUUAGGACUGGGUACAGGAUUUGAUUAUACGGAAAAGACUGAUAGUGAUUCAGGAGAAGGCAUAAAGGAUGAUUCAAGCGAAAAGAAAACUUGCAUAGGGUGUGGAGACGAUUCUGACAGUAAGGAAGGCAUAGGUAGCGACUUUGGUGAAAAUGGUAUGUUAGGUGAUGGGCUGGGUUAUGGAGUUGGUGAUUUAAAUAUGGGUAGUGAUUCGAAGGAAGGAGCAGAUGGUGACAGUAGCGAAGAAAAUAAUAUUGAUCUAAAUUUCGAUGCAAUAAUGCCUUUCACUGAGGGGGAUAAAAGCGACUCAAAUGAAAAAAUUGAUGAUGACUCAAAAGAAGGAAGAGGAAGAGGAACUGUUUUAGGACUUGGAGGUGAUGAUGAUUCAAGUUCGAGUGAAGAAGACUCAAAAGAAUUCUCAUCUAGAUGGUCAACACUCAAAAUCGGAGAUAUUUUCGUAGACGGUGAAUAUGAUGCUGAAAGACGCGAUUCUUUCUGGAGGGAUCCUACCAUAAACCCUGAUUACAGAACCCUAGAGACAAGUCUUGACAGGCCACCAAUUCAAGGACCUACAUUUAUUAAACCAAAUCAGAUCCCUGGCAUGAAUACUAUUGAAGUUUCAACAGUACCUCCAAUUGAACCUUCAAUGGAUAACUACAUACCACCAGCUAACCCUGAUGAAAGAAUGCGAGCAGGUGGUAUGGAUCCAAGAAUGGUUGAUAGAACGUCAGAAAAUUUAAGACCAGUUGUUGACGCUAAUGGAAACUUUGUUGAUGGACCUGUUAAUCGCGGUGAAUAUGUGGAUUUGUCCAUCAGAGGAAGGGGGAAUUUAAUGCAUGGUGACAGACCAGGUAUUGAAGGAGCUGCAGUUGGUAAUUAUAUGAAGGGGCCAUCUGAUGUAAAAUCAUGGUCUGACUCUACACUAGAAACGACUGGAGUAAUCCAUCUUGUUCUUAAUUCCGGAAAACUGCAGGGAUUAAAGAAAAUUUGUGUUUACAUUCAUGACAGUCCUGAAGAAGCUGCCACUUAUUCCACCGAGAAAGGCCAACCUGCUGAAGGUUUGCAGUUCUUCCUGAAAUCUGCCCUUGAAGAUGGAAUCAUCACAUCAGAAAAGCUUAAAAUUGGCCGAAAUGGAAACAUAAAUGUCAAUAUUCCUGAUGGAGCAACGGAUAUGGGAGGAAGGAUUGAGAGUCAAUUUGGGCCUCCAAUGUCAGAGUAUACACCACCCAUUGAUCCACCUCCAUUCUUGAAUGACCCAAGGGAAAUGCCACUGGGUGGGGAUGCAAUGGGGAGGAGACCUUCAAGGCUCUUCUUGGCAAUUUCCAGUCAAAUGAGAGAAGCAGAAAGAGCAAAUCAUCUCCGAGACAGAGCUGAUCAGCUUCAGAGAAGAAAUGGUGGUAUCAUCAGAAUAUUCACCAAUCAACCUGAUGGUUCUAAAAAGAUGCAGAAGGUGUUAGUAAACUUUCGCCAACCAUCACUACCCUAUUAUAAAGACACUGAACCUCAGACUGUGAGGAUUCCUAGCAGAAGGACAACUAUCCGCUUUGGAGAACAACCUCAUGGAGGUGCUGAUCCACAUGACCAGCUCAGUGGAUCUGUUCAUGAAGUCUCACUACCAAAUGGAGACUUCCAUGUACACAGGCAUGGAGACAGACACGUAGUACAUGACCACGAUCAUGCCCACGUGGAUCCUUCUACACAUGACAGCGUUUUGGACAUAAUUAAUCAAAGAGAAUCAAGUAUUGGACCUGGUUCUUUUGACACACCCUUCCCCACAAUGAGAGAAGAUAUUCCAGGUCCUGGGGUUGAAGUAGCAAAUGCUGAGACGGACUCUGAUUCCUACGAAUCUUCUGAAAGGGAUCAUUCUUCUGAAAUACCUGAUGAUACCAUUAUAAAAGCUGAGGUUGACAUAGAAGAUAAUCUAAGGGACAAAAUAUCUGAACUGACAGAUAAUGACAUUGUUUCGGUUGCAGAUAAACGCAAAGAAAAUAUAGAUAGUGAGAAUUCUCAGGAGAGGACUGGUGACUAUAACAACGAAUCGGACAGGGGUGGAGAAAAUGAUCUUGUUCAAAAUUCCUUGGACAAUGUUGAAAAUCAUGCCAUCGUACAUACAACCAGUGGCCAAUCAAAGGAAAAAGAUACAACCCCAAAAGAAACGAACAGUAUUCUUCCUGAAAUGGAGGUGGCACGAGUCAAAACAAUAGAUAAGAAAGACGAUACUCCUAUUGAGGCUGAAUUAAACGAAGAUUAAACAAUUUCAUAUGCAGUUCACAACACUAGGAAUAGGGAAACUGACAGUGAAACACCAACGACUGAAAACAUCUUCAAAACAAAAUCAUAAUGAUGAUCAAAAGAUUGAAAUUAACCUUGAAGAUAAGAACGAUAUAUCAGUACGUUCUUUAUUAACUUUAGAUGAAACGAAACCAUAUGAUGUAGAAUCUAUUACAAAAUCUGCUAAGAUCACUUUAAAUGUUCCUGGAUCAGAUGACACUUGGAUAUCUCCUACCGAUGUGGGGGCUGUUCUUUCGAGUGAACAUUGCGUGUCUUGAUUUCAACAUUGAUUAUUACAGCUACUUUUGAAAAUUCACAACCGACUUACAUUGUUCUCAGUAUUAAACUUAGCCAAUAUUUACUGCAUAUGACACAUAUGACAAAUCAAGCCUUCCUUUCCUUGGUUGAAAUAAAGGACAACUUAUAUCAUAUCUUGAAGUAUUUUUCGUUGAAGUUUGAUUGUUACAGUUUUUAUAUAAUUAAUUUUUUUUUAAAUUCAAAAUGGAUAUUACUUUUAAAAUUUUGGGAGCUGACCUUAAUUACAUUUCACUUAGUGGUUCCAGUUUUAAAAUGGAAAUAACACUUUAUCAGUGUGUAAAACAAAGUGCAAUGAGCAAUAGUUUAUGUCUUCAUGUUUUGAAUUCAGACAUAGUUCUUUUUUUAAUAAAAAGAAAAACACUUUCUACCGUGAUUCAAGAUUGUUAAUUUUCAUGACGAUCUUAACAAAGACUGAAAGAUAAGAUGAAACAAACUAUAUUCUGAAUUUCACCUUUUUCUUAAAGUAACACUGUCACCUUUCAAUAUGAUAGCAAAAAAUAG